GCCUUUCGGGGCUCGGCUGCCCUUCGCAGCGCGCCCGCGCAUUCCGGGCGAAGGGCUGCUCGCCGCGCUCCGGCUGCAGAUGGCCGAGCGGCGGCGCGGCGGCGGCCACGUGAGCUCAUUUCCUGACGCCGAGCCGCGGCCCGCGGGAUUCCCGCUCGGCAUCUGCGCGGGCGCUCCGGAACCAAAAUACCUCUGCAGCCAUUGCCAGGGCGUGCUGCGGGCGGCCCUACAAGCCCCCUGCGGGCAUCGCUAUUGCUCGGCGUGCCUGGCCUGGAUCGUCCGAAACCAUAAAAAUCCACUAUGUCUGAGUUGUAAGGAAGAAGAUCCCAACAGCGUAGAUGAAGAAACCUUAUUAUCAGUAGAAAAGGCUUUUAGCGAUGCUGCCAUUAACAAGGAGAUUUCGGAGUUAAGCGUACGUUGUGAGGUCCCUGGAUGUACGUGGAUUGGCAUCAUGAAGGCUUUGGAAGGCCACAAGAUUACAUGUGAACACGCUCUGAUCCCAUGCCACGCCGGGUGUGGGCAAACAGUGACGCGAAAGGAGCUUACAGAACAUUCGCAGCAGGAAUGCAAUCUUUCAGCAGUUUCCACUGGCAAGGAGGAAUGUCGAUUUUCCCGGGUUGGAUGCCUGUUCAAGGGAAUCAGAAAAGAAAGACAGGAACACGAGAAGAAUGCCACGGGAAUGCACUUAGUUCUGCUCCUUCAACAUGCAAAGCAGCUGAAGGGGAAUCAGCUCCCUGCAGUUGGUGGGACAGACUCUUGCUUCAAGGUGGCCAAGGCCCUGAACGGGAUCUUCCUCAGCUUGCAGCUCCCGCAGGCUUUGGAUGUGGAUGCGUUCCCUGGAGUGCCACUGUAUGAGGGAGAAUCGCGCUGGCAGGCGCUGCUGAGGAGGAAGGUGCUUCCUUUGUUGGACAGCAAGCUGCAGGUGUUUGAAAACAUUGUGUCUGUGCUCAGCAAAGAGAUGGAUGCCUCGCGCCAGAAGAUAGUGGCCUUCCGCGGGCAACGGGGCCUCGACCAGGAUACCAUUCGUGGCUUGGAAUUGAAGAUUGCUGAUCUCCAGCGAUGUCUUGCUCAGAAGGAGGUGGCUUUAAGCAACCUGCAGCAGAAACUCCUGUUGUCAGCAGAAGCUUCGUACAAUGGCAUUUUUCUGUGGAAGAUUACAGAUAUUCACCAGAAGUGCUACGAAUCACUGACUGGGAAAAUGCGCAGUUUACAAUCUCCUGCAUUCUACACAGCCCGAUACGGUUACAAACUCUGCCUGAGGCUGCAUCUGAAUGGCGAGGGGAAGGGCAAAGGAACUCACGUGUCCCUCUUCCUGGUGCUUCUCAGAGGGGAAUACGACGCGCUCCUCGAGUGGCCUUUUGAACACAAGAUCACUUUCAUGUUGCUCGACCAGAACAACGGAGACCGUCUUGUGAGCACUUUUCACACAGAUCCCACCUCUGCGUCAUCCCAGAGGCCUGUGACCGAUAUGAAUGAGGCCUGUGGCUGUCCCCAAUUCCUCUCAUUGGCCAAAUUCCAGUCGGUGAAAUUCACUUAUUUAAAGGAUGGUACUCUUUUCCUCAAGUGCAUUGUGGAACCCUUUCUGUGAAAACUUCUGUCAGAGCUUUUAAAGCAUCAAUGGGUGAUAUCUCCAAGAGAAGAGCAACAUCGGAAACGUCUUGAGAGCUGGAGAACUAGUUUGCAUCUGCAGUGGGGCUGAUGUAUGCCUUGCAGGGACACCUGUUAGCAAGGCCGUUGGUUACAGUGUGGAACAAUCUGUGUUGGAUUGCCCCCAGUUUCCUGCUUCCGACACCCAUAUCUUCAUAAUCUGACUUCCGGCCCCAUGCAGGAGUGAUGUGUUAGUAUUAUCAGUAGGAUGUUUUUCUUUCAGUUCUCAAAUGUAUUUGGUUAACACCAUAUGGUGGCUUACAAACCAUUUUUGUGAACAUAGCAAACUUGCUGGAAGAAGGCCAUGUUACUUAAUUAAAAAAAAAAAGAUUAUCACCCUACAUAACUAGACAUGCCUGUGCCAUACUUUCCACAAGAAUCUGUCCCUACCCCCCAGAAGCAAAUCCACAGCCUUCAUGUUAAGGAAGCAAUCUUGUACAUAUUUAUUUGGGAAUAAGCCCCACUGAGUUCAAUGGGACUUCUGGGUGCAUGCAUAAACUCAGACAAGGUAUUUUAGGACAGUGGUUUUCAACCAUCCAGUCCAGUAUAGACACCCAUAAGUGUUUUGUUUGUUUAUUUUAAUCUUCAGCUUACUCUUGUCUGUGUUAUGGAACCCCUGUGCAUUUUC